UACAAUCAAUACCGAAAUUUUCUUCUACAAUUUGCACUUUCCUGUGCCUUUGUGUAAUCUCCUUUUAAUUUUCCAAUUCUCUAUGUCGGAUCUCGCUUCAACCCAAAUGAAAGGAAUGGAAGAAACUGUCAAUGCCAUGAAAGAGAGGCGAUCUUCCCCUGGAGAGGAGGAGACGUUCCCCAUGCCUCCGUCUGCCGACACUCUGCCACUGCAUUUUCAAAGGGCAUUUGUGCAACCGCUUUCACCUAAUUUGUUUAGGGUGAUGCGCAUCGUCCCUGACAUGCAAGAUUACAGCUUUGUUGAAAAGAUUCAGCUCCCACAAGAUGAAGUUAUACGCCUCUGUAAUAAGCUUGUCCCCUCUUCUGCCUCGGCUUCCUCAGGUGAGCCCCCGCGUGUUCAUAUCAAUUUCAAUUCACUCAAUCAACAACGCUUAGCGGCGGUCGGGUUCUAUGGAGAUAAGAACAUGAUCAUACACACUUUCCGCAAGGAAAGUCUUGUGGAUGAUUCCGUUCUUGCGAAGAUGGAAGGAAGACUGUUCGAGCCGGGAUUGUACGUCAGUCUUCCUGAUAAGGUAAGUUGUGCAGUAGUUUUUUACUGGCAUGAAGGUGAGCAAUUGAAGCAGGCUUCUAGAAAAGAUGUGUCUUGCAAUUUUAUCAGAUACCUAGUUGAGCUAUGUGAUAGCGUAUAUGUCUAUGUGGAAGGGAAUUAUCCGUUUGCAAAUCUGGCUGCUUCUGCAACACGAGCUGGUUCAAAAACUAAGCGCACAAAAAGGAUUCAAUUCUCCGGCGUGAAGAACUCGGAGAAUGAUGUGGAGCUCAUGGCUGGUUAUAAUCUACGAAUUGAGGGAGGAGCGAACAGUGAAAAAACUUCAUUAGAACCGAGUGGAAGUGUUCCAGUUGUCAAUAAUCAUGAUGGAACAGUAGUCUUUUGCGAGGGAUAUCAUUACUUUUGUUUCCUGACAACAGAAACCAGAGCUGCAAGGAAGUCUACAAAAACAGAAGAGGUGUCUGUCAAGGCUUCUGGGUUUGGCAAUAUGCAUAGAAACUGGUCGUCGGUGUCUAAUGUUGAUUACUCUAGACUGAGUGAUAAUCAAUUCAUAGACCUGAUUGAAAAUAGUCAGCCACAAGAUUUUGAGAAGUACUUUAAGUUUAAGGAAUCUCUUAGGACGAGCGACUCAGCGAAAAAUGUUGCCAAAUUUCAGGAGUUUGAGAGACGUUUUCUCAACGUCAUUCCAGAAUUCUGUCCGCAUGUUCCCCUUUUUGUGGGUGGAGAGACUAGUGGGUCGAAAUUAGUGCAUGCAAACGAGUCAAAUUCAUCCUCUGAGGACGAGAGAUUUAAGCAACUGCAACGAGAGCUUCCAGUUAUUUUAGCAGUCAAGGAUAGUGUUUGUCAUGGAGAUCAGUGGCUGCUGCUGCUAGGAUCCGACAUCAGGUUCGUUUCUAGUGACGGUGAGCAUGUGAUCAUCUUUGAAAGUUUGGACCAAACAAAGCAGACGCCGCCUUUUAUCUCUUAUGGACAGGAAGUAGAUGCAAAAUGCUCCAGUCAGUGUGGCUGCUCCACAAAGAUCAAAGGAAAGGCGACGUUUCUACAACCUACAAACGGCAUGAAGGACUUCCCAUUGUCAGGUGAGAUUGUCAAAAUUGUAUUCUUUCCUGUUACUGCUAAAUCGGGUAUUAAAAGGGAAGUUGAAGGGAAAGUUCAUCUUGUCAAUAAGAGUGACACUUAUUGUGCCAUCCGUAAUUGGGUAGAAAACAUGGUUCCUAUUGAAUUAAAAAGCAUUGAAAGAAAUAUAGGUUUCACAGCUUUCUUGUUAGCUUCUGACCAGCGUCUAGGUUUAACAUUUAUUGAAAAACAUUUGACAACCCAAAACAUACAAAUUCUGCCACCCGAAAUCCAUGAUCAGUUUGAGAAGUUCCGCAGUGCCCACUUUGCUCAGUCCAUAAUCGAUCUAGAAGUCCUUUUAUCUAGUGACACUUUCAAAGCCGUGUGUUGUCAUGCUUAUAAGGACAGUGAACUCAAGUUUAAGGAAAAUAUAAAGGAAUUGUGGACUCGUUUGGGAAGUUUGGCCAACAGUCGACUCCAAGAAGCGGAGGAUGAGUUUAUACAAGAAUUGAAGAAGAAGAUGUCAGUGUUAAAGGAGGACAACUUAGCUACCAGGUAUGUAGAAGAAGUUGUAAUUCAACGUCAGUCACGUAACCUAAUACAAGUUGUGGACUUCUGGAGUUCGCAAACAGAACAAGUGGAGUUAAAGUUGAAGGUAUCAAUUGUGGAGGAACAUCCGUUCGCCAUGGUUUAUAAAGCGUGUGAGCUUACUCCAAUGAAGAAAGACUUAUCUGAUUUUAACAGCAACCCCAGUCGUCCAAUUGUCCCAACAUGUGGAGAAUCAGUAGAGUUAGUAUCCAUUAAUCCUCAGCAUGAGAGAUUAUUUAAAGUUGUUGUCCUGAAGUCGCGAGAGCUGAUGGUUUUUAUUCAGAGUUUCAGAGAUUCCUCCAUGUAUUUGUACCGUUGUCCCAAGAUUGGUGUCAACAUAAAUAGUAUUGGUCGUCCUAUUCAUACAUUUAGGAGGGGAUUCGAUUUGUUGGCUGCAGAUGAAGCUACGAGAUCUAUCGCUCUUUAUGAAAAAGACAAAUCAAGGAUUUUAAUAUAUAAGUUUGAUGAGUCAUUUAGGAAGGUCUAUUGGACUGGAGUUGAGGUCAAUCUGGAAUCAUAUCAAGGGAGCAAGAUCAUUGUAUGGAUGCAUUUAAUUCCAGGGAAAAUGGAGCUUCUCUUGGUUGAUGACACUAACAGAGCAAGAGUGGUUGAAAUCCACGAAAAGCCGAUGAUGAAGGCCAGGCAUAUUUCUCUUCCUCUGGAUCAGAAAUGUUUGAGAGCAUGUGUUUCUGUUGACGGCGAUUUCCUCCUCGUCUUCAGACAGUUGAAACGUCAGGGUGAAGAUAUUGAUGUUGAGGGUAGACAACAUGCAAGUCUUGAAAACAUACUUGAAAUUUAUGUUUUGGGUGAUACGAUGAGCUACUUGAAGAAAAUCCCUUUAAAUGAGAGAGAAUAUGGUAUAUCUGAUUUGGAACAGCUUGCGGUGAAAAUUGUAAGCUUUGGACGACAAAGUCAGCUUCUCCUAUAUAGUCCUCUAGAUGCUCCUGGUUUUAUCUUUUCUCGUGUUCUGAAAACUUCUUUAGCCAAGGAUGUUAUUCAGUUGCAAACAGUAAAUGAGAUUAAAGCUCAUGAAGAUGAAGCAGAUAUUGCUGUGCGGUGCCCAUAUUUGGGUUACAUAUAUCACAUUUUUGACAAGUUUGGAACAACACCUAAGUUGUUUCCUGAUGCUAAGAAGCGUAUAACAUUCAAAGUGGUACUCGAAAGGAGCAGAGCAGGUCAAAACAACAGUGAGGCAUGUAUCAAAUAUUUAAAAGAACUUGUUAGACAACUUAAGUCUGGGAAAGACAAAGAUUUUUCAAAUAUGGAGAUUCAAUUUGAAGUGAAUAAUGUAGAGACUAGUCCUAUUUCAGCUGCUGCAGAGCAGGAGACACAAGUGAAAAUGGGAGCAUGGGUUCGCAAGCUCGUUUGCCUUGUUCCAGUCCAAAUAGCUCGUGCAGAAAACAACGCAUUGGUAGCUCUAAAGGAUGGACUUCAAAUACCCCCUGAUGUUAGCUACGAGGACAGCGUAUCACUUGCUGAUUGUAUACGCUUUGGGUUCUAUGAUGCUGUUCUUAGCAGUUGGAAGGACAAGAUUAAGGUCAUAUCCUCCAUGGGAAAGCAAAGUAGCGGAAAGUCGUAUUUGUUGAAUCAUCUGUCAGGUUCUCUUCUUGAUGUUGCAGGUGGCAGAUGCACAGAUGGUGUGUGGAUGACCAUUGUAACGGCAGAAGAUGGAAAUGGCAGCGGGGGAAGCAGUUGUUUGUAUGUGCUAUUAGAUUUCGAGGGGCUGGGCAGUUUUGAAAGAAGCGAACAAGAAGAUAUGCUUCUCUCUGUUCUUAAUGCUGCUGUCAGUAACAUCACAAUAUUCAACAAAAAGGAUUUUCACUUAGAUAAAGAGACAGAAACUGCUUUCAGCCGGUUCCAGAGUGGCAUCAAUUUACUCAAGCAGGACAAAAUGUUAUUCAAAGGCCUAUUUUACAUUGCCAUCAAGGAUGUGGACACAUCCGAUGUAGCAGAUCUUAUCCAGGAAUUUUAUGAGAAAAUUUCUCAAAUAUGCACCAAGCAAGAGAAUUUCAUUUUAAGAAUGUAUGAUGGAAAGGUAACGAUUGCUGCUAUGGCUCCUUACAAUAGAUCUGAGUACUAUAGAGAGAGCUUGAGAGACCUAGCUGAGACAGUGACACAAAGAAUCCAAUAUUGCUAUGAUAAUGGAUUCACUUUCUUGAGGGAUAUGAAGCUAAUCAUAGCUCAAAUUGCAAUCAAAGACUGGACAUCCAUAGACAACAAACGAGUUGCAGUAACAAUUAAUAUUCUGAAGAGAAAUCUUCUACCGGCGGUACACAUGGGAUCUCUUCCUGGGACAAAUGGGAAUGAAGAAAUUAGGGUCUUGCAUAAUUUCGACACACAGGAAGAAAUUCCUGAUUUUCCUGUUGCUGUCCAGGAUAUUUCAUGGAACAUAAAGGAUUCGGGACUCUGUCUAUCACCGUUGAAAGAAUCGGCAACUCUUGUUACUGUUACAGAUGUUUUAUCUCAAAUCAGGUCAAAACUGGAGAUGAUUUUACCUAGGAAUGGUAGAAAAGGCGACGAGUGGUUUUCUUUAUUCCAGAAGUUUAGGAAUGGUAGAAAAGGCGACGAGUGGUUUUCUUUAUUCCAGAAGUUCCUGGAGGCGCUGGUAGACAGAAGGUGUCACAGAGUUCAACAGUGGAUAAAGUCAAACACCACAGAUUUUUGUGAUAGUGAUGAGGUGCAAAGGUUGCAGCUAGAGGCCAACGUAGUUCUUGGCGAAACAAAGCAAGGCCUAUCAGUUUGUGGAUACAAAUGUUAUCUUUGCUUUUGGAGCUGUGUGAUAGAGAAGGGCCAUGAUGACCACCAUGAUUGUAUGGGGAGUCACUUGUGUACAGAAACUUGCAGUCAUUGUGCUCGAGAUGGGGACAUCUUAAUCUCAUGCAAGGAUCUGGCAGGGCAUGAAGGAGCUCACGACUGCAAAGAAAGAAACCAUACCUGCAGCGAGAGGUGUUACUUAUAUGGGAUGUCUUCAAGUUGUAAUAAGGAAUGUUCUCUCCGGGUUGGGCACCACGGCCAGCACAAGUGUAAUUCUCCUCAGCACAUAUGCGGGAUAAAAUGCUCUCUUCCAAGCUGCAAGAAUCCCUGUACUUUGGUGAUUGAAUCCAACCAUAUAAGGCAUCAGUGUAAUGAGAGAUACUGUCAAAGGACAUGCACGAUGAAUGAGUGCAAAAUGAGAUGUGGAGCUGAAAAUCAUUUUCAUGACUUGGAUCCAAAUGCAGAGCAUUUGUGUGGGAAUGACCAUAAGUGUCCCGAAAAAUGUGAGUUGGGAAACUGUGAAAUUAAAACCAAGGUUGACAAACAAACCCUAGUUUUUCAGGGCCAGAGGGGACCUUUCGAGUAUGAAAAUGUGUCGCAACAAGACGUCCUGAAUAAAGGCUGUUGUAUUCGCAUUCCUCCCAACAAAAGAAAUCAUGAAGGUCAGCAUGUUCACACAAGACAGGAAAAUUGUGUGCAUUUUUGUCUCACCAGAUGCCAAUCUUGUGGAUACUUUUGCCACCACCCAAUAAAUCACUCAGGCUUGCACGAUACAGUGCAUGGCAAUAUGAGAAAUGUGAGAUUCGUUUCGGAGGAAGAAGAUAUUGACAUUAUAGAUCGCAAGUAUAAAAGGGGAGAGAAAGGUAUAGCAGAAAUGUGUAACAUGUUUUGCAAGAAACAGGGUCGAGGGCAUAUCCAUCUGGUUCCAUGUCCGGGCUCCAGCAAAUGCACCGGCAACCUCUAUGAUGGUUCAAGACACGAAACUGUGAAAUAUGGACCUGAGGAGGAUGUUCCAAAAGAUGAGAUGACUCAUGAUACAUUCUGGCAAUAUGUUAGGUUUGUUGAUCCUUGCACGGACGAAGAGAGGAAAGGGUUUGACCGCUGUAAUCACUAUUGUAAAUCUGUGGAGCAUGAUACAAAGUCCGGUAGUUUUGAUAAAAUAUAUUGCACUGAAAAACUGUGGCACCCACCAAUCGAGAGAAGUGGACAGAAUGUGAGCUUGGGAGGGUAUAUAACUGAUGAUGGCCAUCAUUUUCCUUGUUAUCAUUAUAAGAAUCCCCUUCACCAUGUAAUAUUUAUCAUUGACAGAUCGGGUUCGAUGGGCUUCUGGGACAUGAUACCCACUAUGGCAAAGUUUAGCAACCAUAACUGUAGGCUUGGAUGCGUAUAUGAGGUUAUUGUGAGAUUCAUGAAAGUCCGCCUUGGAACAAUUUCUGGUGAUUCUGUAUCUGUGGUUCUGUUUGACGAUAUCGCAGAUGUAGCUGUAGAGAUGGAAGACAUGAAAGAAUAUGUUGUCGAUCUCCUCCUCCAUUUUUAUGCUUGUGGAGGAACUGCCUACUCAACAGGGUUGGAUGCUGCAGAGAAUAUAUUAACGAAAGCAGCUCGACACCAGUCUGUGAAGAUGAAAAUACCAGUUGUCAUCUUCCUUAGCGAUGGAGGAAACUGGGGUGGAGUGGAUCCCCUAUAUUGUGUGGACAGAAUGAAAAGACAGGAGCCUAGAAUGACACUUCACACUGUUAUGUUUGGAGUGGAUCCAACAGAGGGCAUCCUGAUUGAAAUGGCAAAGAAAGGAGGCGGAAAGUUUCACAGAGCAUAUGAUGAGAUUCAGUUGGCCCGUACCUUUGAGAAUCUGGCCAGUAGUCUCAAAUCCCCAGUUGUAGACUUGAUGCAGGCAGUACCACCUACGAAAUCAUCCAUUUAAUUUUGCUUUGCUUUGGUCAAUAUGUUUUGAACUAUGAUAUUUUGCCAACCUCCACUAUUUAAAGUGUGCACCCUCGGUGCUUCAGAAGAGUAGUUGUGUAAGCCUUGGGCUUUGAAGGUUGCGUAUGUUUCCAUUAAUCCAUUUUUAUGUAGAGCAGUAGAAUGCUAUAUUUUCAAUCAGUUGAUAAAUUA